AUGUGUCCCUUCUGUCCCUUCAUUAACGUCAUAUCAGUGAACGCAUCCAUCUUCACGCUGACAGCCAUUGCGAUCGACAGAUACCGCAUUGUAGUGAACCCUCUGUGGCCACGACUCACCAAAUUAAGGGCACAACUCAUCAUAAUUGCCAUUUGGAUAAUAGCCGUCAUAACCGGAGUUCCCAUCUAUCUGGCGAUGGGCGUCACACUCAUCCCCGACGAAGUGGCCAUUAAUAAGAUGAAUAUCACCAAUCUGUUCACUAAUAAAACCGAUAAUAAUUACUUAGUGCUGCCGUCGAAGCCCUUUUGUUACAAUAUUGGCAUUUCUCACGACUUAUUCAAACUUUACAACAGAUUUCUUGUUGUGAUUCACGGAGCGUAUGGACGGAUGGCAUACACGCUGUACAUCGAGACCAUUAAUCGACGGGAGAAUCGCAAACACAUUGUCUAUAAGUUGAGACGAAUUGAUGCCAUUAACCAUCGAAACAGAAAUAAUAGAAACCAAUCGCCCAAUAGAAAUGACAUCUAUAUUAAUAGGGAAAAGAGAAAGCAUAUCUAA